GUGCCAGCCAGUGAGGGGGCCGGAGAGGCGGCGGCGGUGACAGCGCGAGACAACAGCUUAGUGACACUCCUAUCUGGUUACGUCUGUGGCUGCGUCAGUGUAGCGAGGGACGAGGUUCUGGCGAGGGGGGAGAGGGACAGCGCAGCGCCCUCCCGCCGCCCGUGGCCCCGCAGCUCCCUCUGUGCGCGAGUGAAGUGAAGGGGCAAGCCAGGGUCGUGUGGUCGCCUGAUGGGGUGGCGUCACUGAAGGCCGCAGUGCCACAGUGCCAGCGAGAGCCACGCUGUUUACAGAGCCGCCUUUCGCCUCCAGGUGCCGCCAUGGGACCUCUCUACGUCACGUUCGUGUGCGUGGCACUGGCGUCCCUCGUCGCCGGGGUGCCCGUGGGGAUCCCUUUCCCUCGCCCCUCCGGUGACGACCCCUACGCCCACCGCCCACACAACGAAAUCGCCCCGGACCACGUCGCCCCCACGCUGACGCCGACGGCGACGCCGAAAUCGACGCCUAGGGUCGGCUCCACCCUGCACGCCGUCAAGUUCAUGCAGAAGUUCGGCUACAUUCCCCAAGGAGACGAAGAAGCAGAUUUCCUCUUCUCACCCGGGACCCUCGAGGCGUCGAUCAAGCGCAUGCAGAAGUUCGGCAGCAUCCCCCAGACGGGCGUCAUCGACAACGCAACGAUCGAGCUGAUGCAGACUCCCCGUUGUGGCGUUCCUGACGUAGACGCAGACGAGAUUGUGAAGUUCCGUCGUCCCAAGCGCUACAUCGUGGGCUCUGAAGGCUGGAAAAAGAGAGAACUAACGUAUUUCCUUGCCAACUGGACCCCUCAACUCUACUCCAAGGAAAAUGUGCAGAAGGAACUCCGGCGCGCUUUCGAUGCCUGGAGCACUUACUCGCACCUCGAUUUCAAAGAAGUGGAGGCGCCAGAUGCAGAUAUCGUUAUUUUCUUUGCUACUUAUAACCAUCAUGACGGGUACUCCUUCGACGGUCCGAGUGGAAUUCUAGCUCACGCUUACUUCCCCUACGAGUUCGGCCACUACGGAGGCGACGUUCAUUUCGACGAGAGUGAAAAAUGGACCAUUAAGCCGAAGGAUGAGUAUGCUGGUCUGGACUUCUUCACCGUCGCCGUCCACGAAAUCGGCCACUCUCUCGGCCUUGCACACUCGCCCGUCGCCGACUCCAUCAUGUUCCCUUAUUACAAAGGCUACACCCCCCAUUUCUCCCUGGCUUACGAUGACGUCAUGGCCAUGUGGGAACUCUAUAUAAAGAGGAAGCUGGAGGGAGACGACGAGUACUUCAACAGGACGACCACCACGACGACCACCACACCCUCCCCCCCCACGACGGACGAAGACCAUCAGUCAGACGCAGCAAAUGAUGGUGAUGACGGCGAGGGAGAUGACGUGCACAGGCGGGACGACGAACGCAAGAGGACCGACGAGGAGGACUUUUACGAGGAAGACCGCAAGAGACGCGAAGAGGAGGAGAGGCGCAGGGAGGAGGACAGGAAGAGGCGCAGGGAGGAUGAAGAGGAGAAGAGGCGCUGGGAAGAGGAAGUCAGGAGGAGGGAGGAAGAGGCGAGGAGGAGGGAGGAGGAGGAGCGAUGGAGAUGGGAGCACGGAGAGGACGAACCCGUGUCGACGACGGAGAGGCCCCCGCCACCCGUCCCCAGCCUUUGCGACGGGGACUUCGACUCCAUGGCGGUCCUCAGGCAGGAGCUCUUUAUAUUCAAGGACACAUACAUCUGGCGUUACGACGAGCGCGGAAAUCUACGGGACAGCUACCCGUCUUUGGUCCACAACCUCUUCUCCGGUCUGCCGUCGUAUAUGAAGAGGGUGGAUGCCGCUUACGAGAGACCUUCCGAUGGCAACAUUCUCUUCUUUAUAGGAAAGUACUAUUACGUGCACAACGGCGAUAGGCUGGUGGAGGGGUCGCCGCUGCCCCUUACGUCCUUGGGCUUGCCGGAGCGCCUGACGAAGAUCGACGCCGCCUUCUACUGGCCUCGCGCGAAGAAGACCUACUUCUUCAGCCGCCACGAAUAUUUCCGGUACAACGAGAAGACGAACACUAUGGACCAAGGCUAUCCGAAAAACAUGGCCAAGUGGAAUGGCCUGCCCGAUAACCUGGACGCCGUUUUCACCUGGAAGGACGGUAUGUCGUACUUCGUGAAAGGGAAAGACUACUGGAAAUACGACAACGUGAAAAUCCGUCCGUACAAAGACUACCCUCAGAAUGCCGUGGAGUACUGGGCGGGGUGUUCCAGCUCCUCCUCCUGGGCGCCAUAGCGAGGCCACGCCCACUUCCUAGCUGCGAAGGGGCCACCACGCCCACCUCCUGGCCGGGGACAUCGCAAAGCUAACGAGAAAGGCGAAAAGUCUUAGCUACGAUAGAAACUUAGUUCUUCUCUUUCUCUCUCUCUUUUUUACUCUUUUUUUUAGGGAUAACGCAAUAAUUUAAUUGUCUUCUCGUUUCCCUGAUUAUCAUUGAUGUUUGUUGUGGUCAUUGUCAAAGCCGGAUAUCGAGGGAGAAAGAGUACAGGAAACAGAGUUUGUUAUUAUCAACCUCAGUCCUAUCAUUUUGUGUUUAUUUAUUCCAUUAGGCUUCUCCAAUGAUUAUCAAGUACAAUUUGCAAAAAAGUAACGUUUUCGUAACACGUUUCGCUGUUCAACUUAGUCGUCCAAAGUCCAAGUGUUUACUCUCACCCUAAUAUUAGUCUCCUACCCUCCCUUUUUUCUUAAUCUAAUAUUGGCCUUCUUCCUUCUCUUCUUUACCCUAAUAUUGACCUCCUCUUCCUUACCCCAUUCGUGGUGUCCUCCCUUCCCUCUCCCAAUCUUAACACAGGUGUCCUUCCUUACCUCCCUUACCCAAAUAGUGGUCUUUUCCUUUCCCUCUCUUAACCCCAGUAAGGGUCUCCUACCCUCCCUCUCCCACUUAAAUAUUGGUCCUCGCCCCUCCCUUUCCUACCCUAAUACCCCCCCUCACUACUUUGUCCCUCACCCUAAUAGUGAUAUCAUCCUAAUAGUCUAUUACCCUAAUACACCUUCAUUUUCACCCCAAUAUUGACUUUAUUCCCUUUCCUUACCCCCAGCAACUGGCCUCCUCCCCUCUCCCUUCCCACCCCCACCCCUGUGCCCUAAGGCUCCCCUCGCAGCACAAAUGAUUAUACCCGUUUUCCAUUUUUUUAACCCCCUUCGCCCCCUUCCCCUCUCAGGCACCUUCACCUGUAUUGAGAAGCUUAAAAAAAAGAAUGAGAUUUAUGAAUGAAAAAAAUGUCCUAUUCAUAAAUAAUUGUUUCUGUCUGUUUUUUUUUUUUUUUUUUUUUUUUUUUUUUUUUUUUUUCUGGAGAUCUGUGCCUUAUAUUAAUCUCUACAGAAAAGUGCUAUUAUCUUCCAUGAUCUUGACAUUAAUAGUUUAUCAAUGCUUUCUGAAUCUUCCAGCGUUAAAAAGGAGUCUGUGUCUGGUGAUUGUUAGUAAACAAUUUUCAUUAAUUAGUCACCUAAAGUAAUUAGUAAAAUUAGUAAACAGUUUUCUUUAAUUGUUCGUAAUUCUUUCUCCCGUCGAUGAAGUAGAUUCAUUUGUUUGUCAUAGAAAGAAUGUAUAGUUAAAGCUUAAUUAAUUGCUAUUAACCAAAAAUACUCAUGGUACGUACAGUACAUGUAUAUGUAAGUGCAUAUAUAUAUAUAUAUAUAUAUAUAUAUAUAUAUAUAUAUAUAUAUAUAUAUAUAUAUAUAUAUAUAUAUAUAUAUAUAUAUUAUGUGUGUGUGUGUGUGUGUGUGUGUGUGUGUGUGUGUGCGUGUGUGUGUGUGUGUGUGUGUGUGUGUAUGUGUGUGUGUGUGUGUGUGUGUGUGUUUAUGUGUGUAUGUGUUUGCGUAAUCUCAUUAUUGAUUAUAUAUAUAUAUAUAUCUUUCUGUGUCAGCUGAUGAUUAUACGAUAUUUGAAAAUGAUUUACGUUAAUCAGGUUAAUGAAAUCUGAAAUAGGAAACUGCAGUCAUUUUUUUGUAUGUAAAUAUUUUAUACCUUAGUUCUUUUUCUAAUUAAAGUAUGAAUACCAUA